GCCCAUCAGAUUCGGGGAGCAAUGGAAACGAUGUACGUGGAGCCUGCUAAAUUUCCUGCAAUCUAAUGGUUCUUGGUGGCCGUUGAAAUCGAGCUUCAUUUGCUGCCGUUCAAAGUACGUGCCACAGACUGCAACAAUUAAGUUUUGAUAAUCGGGAGGCUUGUCAAACUACCCAAGCGUCAGAAGAACAUACUAGAGCUGAGCAAGGUCGACUAACAUUUGUGGAAACCGAAAGUCCGUCAUGGCUGUUGAAGUGAAGGUUCCGAACUGCCCAACCUACGUUUACAUGGAUGGCGUUCGAGUCACGAACGGCUACGAAUUAGACUUGUUCCGAGGAGCGUUGAAGUACCAACCCGAACCGGACGACAAGUUCGUAGUUUCUUUUCCCAAGACUGGAACCACCUGGAUGCAGCAAAUAGCUUAUCUCCUCUUCCACAAGGGAGUUCCUCCUACAAGCGCGCAGGAUUUCCACGACAAUGGCCCGUUCCUCGACAUACACGGAGUCGAAACGGUCAAGCGGAGGGUCAAGUCGGGGCUCAUCAAGACGCACCUGCCUUACGGCAUCGCGCCCAAAAGUCCCCUGGCAAAGUAUCUUUAUAUAUGCAGGAAUCCAAAGGACACAUGCAUCUCGCUCUUCUAUCACACUUGCCGAUUUUCUGAGUACGAGUUUCAGGACGGAAAGCUGGAAGACUUUUUCGAAGUGUUCCUACGUGGCGAAACCGAUUAUGGCGACUACUUUGAUCACGUACUUUCCUGGUACGAACACCGCGAUGAUCCGAACGUUAUGUUUAUUCAUUAUGAAGACGUGAAAACCAACCCCGAACUCUGGAUACUAAAGAUAGCGGAAUUCUUGGAUGAAAAGUGUCACAGAUUACUUAUCAACGACAGAACCAUCUUGGAGCAUGUGUUGGAGUACAGCGGCAUACAUUUCAUGAAGGGAUCGGCAGAAAGCAUUUUUGAAAACUUGUAUCCCGAAGAGGUGGGGCGCUGCAGUACCGAUUUUAUUCGCAAGGGAAUAAUUGGAGACUGGAAACAUCACUUGACAACUGAAAUGAACGCCAGAUUGGAAAAAAAAAUCUAUCAAAAGAUGCAAGAAACAGACAUCAUCACAGUGUGGAUAAAUCAUGGCUUGAUGGAAUUGUAGCAGUGCAAGAAUGCAUGAAAGGGCUGGAAUCAGGAAUAUGAACUCCGAUUGAUGCAGUACCUCCAAACGUUGUGGACAGCUCAUGAAUGUAUUAAUCGCCAACUAAAUGUUUACCCAUACAAUACAUACAUUCUUAGCCCAACAUAAAGUUUAUCACGGGCAUUAACUUUGCCGCUGUCAGGCUCAACGCCAAGAUUUUCACAACGUGACUUCUGGUCCUCCAUACAGAACAGUGCUGAGCACAACAGAGCUCGUUGACAAAAAGUAACAUCGAUACAUGCGACAGAAACAAAUAUAUUACUUUGGUUACUCUACGGGCGAAAUUAAACGCAAGCAAAUUUCUAGUAGAGACUACUUUUUGCUUGUAUGUACAAAGAGUUUUAUAAUCCUGAUGAAAAAUUAGUGCUGUACCUUGUGUUGGGAUCGAAGCGCCAACCGGGUUUUUCUCACCGCAAAAAUAAACUACGCAUCACUGAUGGCCAAGUCUCCACCCAAAUGUAACUACAACGGUCUGAACCAGACGAUAAAGGUUCUGAGAUGAUCCUUUCCUCAUUCAAAACUCAGUAUCGAUAUUCGAAAAUUUUCAAUACAAAAAUUUGUCCUUGCCUUAUUUACCUCUAUGGAUUAGCGGGCUAUCUUGGUCAUCCUUUCGUUGUUAAAAACCAACAAACUUCUAUAAUAGCUUUUUGAUUGGAGAACGGCAAGUCCUGAAACUGAUACAUCUGAUCCCAAGCGCCUGAGCUCCAUUAAAGUGGAGACUGAGCAUACGGAGAUGCGUAGUUCAGUUUUGCGGUACUGGAAAACACGUUUUUUUUUUGUUUUUUUUUUUUUUUAUCUUGAAAACCCAGUAAUAAUUAUUUUGACCUCAGGUGAAAUUUGUUUUUUUUAAACAUCUUUGUUUCUUUUUAUUAUCAUUUCAAUUGAUGACAAUAUGUUUCGUCACUGCUAUUUUGACGGCAUUAAAAGUUUGUUAAAGGUUUUUUUUUUUGUUGUUAAUCAAAGUGUCGUUUACUUCUUACAUCAGCCAUCACAUUUGAAACUAUGCAGGAAAAAGCAAUAAAUAUUAUGAAAUUGCA